GACGGUGGGAGCAGAUCCAUUUCCGGGUUGGCAAAAGGGGCGGCGGCGGCGAGAAAGAGAGCUUGCUGGGGGGCGAGCGGGACAAGACGAAACCGGAGCAGAGGUGGCGGAAGAUUCGCUCCCGGAGCAGCUGCGACCAGAUCGGAAAGAGGCCGGGACGACUGAGUCCAUCGCUGAGGUCCUGCAAAUCCAACUUAGUUGACUGGAUUGAGUCUUACAACUUUGGGAUCUUGGAAACUGGUCUGGAGACAGGAUUGUUGGGAAGGAACAUCUGUGUUUCUGAUGUCUUAAGGGUGUUAGUAUGAGAGAGAAGAGACUCUUUGACAGUGAAAGUCACAGCUUUGUUAUUAGAUUAUCUGGUAUAUGAGUGACCUAAAGCUGCAAAUAAACACGGAGAGAGAUCAGUGCCAACAGGGAGCAGGGCAAGGAUGCCAAUUCCUCCUCCCCCUCCACCCCCUCCUGGCCCUCCUCCACCUCCCACUUUUAAUCAGGCAAACAUAGAGCCUCCCAAGCUGAGUAGAGAUGAGCAGCGGGGAAGAGGUGCCCUCUUACAGGACAUUUGCAAAGGGACCAAGCUGAAGAAGGUGACCAACAUUAAUGAUCGAAGUGCUCCUGUCCUUGAGAAGCCCAAAGGAAGUAGUGGUGGUUAUGGCUCUGGAGCCGGUGCCCUGCAACCCAAGGGAGGUCUCUUCCAAGGAGGAGUGCCGAAACUCCGCCCUGUGGGAGCCAAGGAUGUUUCAGAGAACCUAGCUGGUAAGCCAGCCCUACAAGUCCCCAGUUCUCGAGCUGCUGCCCCAAGGCCUCCAGUAUCUACAGCCAGUGGACGUCCUCAAGAUGAUACAGACAGCGGCCGAGCCUCCCUCCCAGAACUGCCCCGGAUGCAGAGACCCUCUUUACCGGACCUCUCUCGUCCCAACACCACCAGCAGUACGGGCAUGAAGCACAGCUCCUCUGCCCCUCCCCCACCACCUCCAGGGCGUCGUGCCAAUGCACCCCCUACGCCUCUGCCUAUGCACAGCAACAAAGCCCCAGCCUACAACAGAGAGAAACCCUUGCCACCGACACCUGGACAGAGGCUCCACCCUGGUCGAGAGGGACCUCCUGCUCCUCCCCCAGUCAAACCACCUCCUUCCCCUGUGAAUAUCCGAACGGGACCAAGUGGCCAGUCUCUGGCUCCUCCUCCUCCGCCUUACCGCCAACCUCCAGGGGUCCCCAAUGGACCCUCCAGUCCCACUAAUGAAUCAGCCCCUGAGCUGCCACAGAGACACAAUUCUUUACAUAGGAAGACACCAGGGCCUGUCAGAGGCCUAGCACCUCCUCCACCCACCUCAGCCUCUCCUUCUUUAUUGAGUAAUAGGCCUCCUCCCCCAGCCCGAGACCCUCCCAGUAGGGGAGCAGCUCCUCCACCUCCACCCCCCAUGAUCCGAAAUGGUGCCAGGGAUGCUCCUCCACCCCCACCACCAUAUCGAAUGCAUGGGUCAGAACCCCUGAACAGAGGAAAGCCCCCACCUCCACCCUCAAGGACUCCAGCUGGACCACCCCCUCCUCCUCCACCACCUCUGAGGAAUGGCCACAGAGAUUCUAUCACCACUGUUCGGUCUUUCUUGGAUGAUUUUGAGUCAAAGUAUUCCUUCCACCCAGUAGAAGAUUUUCCUGCUCCAGAAGAAUAUAAACAUUUUCAGAGAAUAUAUCCCAGCAAAACAAACAGAGCCGCCCGUGGAGCCCCACCUCUGCCACCCAUUCUCAGGUGAAGUCCGACUUGGUCCUGUUCCUCAGGAAAAAGGAUGGACCUCCUCUUUUUCUCAGAUGGUCCUUUCCACUCCCCUGAAACCUGCAUGAGAGCUCCUACCAUGUUUCUCCUGUGCAAACAACCCUAGACUCCAAGCAUCCUUCCAGCUCACCUCCAUCUAUGCAUCUCGUCUCUGGACUUGGUGAUUGGACUCUUUAUAUCGGCAGUAGGGUCCCAAAUCCUGUAUCCAUCCCCCCUCUAACAAACCCUACUAGCCAGAAGAGGAGCAAGCCUCCAUGUCUCCUCUGGGGAAAGGUGCCUUGUUGUGGUGAAUGAACUCAUUUUGGGGCAGGGUGGAAAAUGGUACCCUUGUCUGCUCUUAUCCACUGUGGGGGAAGCUUGGCAGGGAGAUUGUCUUCCAUCAUUUAGGAGGCUGGCAUGGCCAGGACUUUGGUGGGAGGGGAGGGGGCAUUUUUAGUGAAGCAGGAAAGGAGUUUGCAAGAAUUGAUCUGUUUUAAAGGUCAGCUUUGGAGAAAGGACAAGGAAAUGGGUCUGCUUUAUUUUUAGGGGUAUUUCAGUUCUCACCCCCUCCCAUCCCAGGGAUAAGUUGGAUAUAAACACUAAAUACUAAUCAGUUGAACUAAACCUUUAAUCAGAGGAGAGGGCAAGAUAAACAGAGGAUCAUUUUAGAGUUAUUCAGUUUUUCUGUAGCUAAGGGACCAGGAGCCAUUUGAGUCCUCUAGGACUUCCUGCCCCCUUUCCUCAGGGUGCUAGGCUGAAGAGUGUUCUGUUCCAUCACCUGAAAAGAGCAGUUCCUUUUUGUCAGGGGCAUCAUUCAUUCCUGAUCCACAAACCCCAAAAACUGCUAGUAGGGAAUAGGAAGACAGGGUCUGGGCCUUAACCUCAACUUCAAGUCUGCCUCAGUCUUUUCUUACUGACCCUAUCCCUUUGAGUCCUUCAUGCUCCAGAAUGACUUAAGAAGGGAAGGGCAAAGCACUCUGUGGGAGGGGCUGGGCAUGUAGGACUGCAAAGGACUUUAUGGCCUGUUUAUGCUGAAGUUCACAGCCAUCUGACUGAGGAAGCUCUUUCCAUUCUUUUCUUCACCAACCUCACCUUCCCAAGACUGCAGGGGCUAACGCAGCAGAGUUAAGGGGUGAGGAAGUGAGUAGAAGUUUGUGGGGAUACUCUAAAUUCCUUUAUGCCAAGAAGCACAAAGACUUUGCUGUGAAGUGUGCUUCAGUCUGAUAGAUCUUCCCUGGUAGCCAGCAAUAUGUUGUUUCUUUGUCUUCCAGGUCUUAAUUAAAGAGCACAGAGAAAAUGGAGGGUCCAACUGAGGUUGGACGAUGGGACAGUGACUUUCCCUUCUCCAACAACAGGUUGGGGCUCCUGGGCUUCACACACCAGAUGGAUUGGUUUGCUACAGCUGUUGCCAUAUACAGAGGCUACUCAGAACUUGGCAUGAGAGCAGGGAGACCAGGCUGUUCUUUGAAAUGAAGGGGGGAAAACUAGUUAAAAACCUCUUCUGACACAUCACAGGCUUGAACUUCCGCAGGGACCUUUCUAAUCCAUUGGAUCACAGGUGGACGCCAGGUGAAACCCAAAUCUUCCCAGUGGUGGGUGAAGGAAGGCUCAACUUGGGUCCUCUUUGGAGUCUGUUGUCCUUGCCAUCCCUUGGACCACACUGACUCUGAGUACAGACUUUCAUGAUUAGGUCUGUCACCAGACAUUUUUUUUUUUUUUUGUGGGGGGGGGUGUUACUGGGGAUUGAACUCGGAGACACUCAACCACUGAGCCACAUCCCCAGCCCUAUUUUGUAUUUUAUUUAGACAGGAUCUCACUGAGUUGCU